CUACAGUUAAUUGUGUAUCUGUGAUAUAAAUGUGUGACAGGAAGGGAGAAGAUGGCUUUAGCAAGCGGCCACUGGCUGGAGAAGGACGUGAGGGGAGAACCUCCAAGUCCCCGACAUGGCCACGCUUUAGCCGUGGCUGGGAGCGUGGCCUUUCUGUUUGGAGGAGCGUGCAGCAUCAGCCCAGAGGUCAGCCCUGUUUACUUCUCGGACUUCCACAUGCUGACAGUCACCCCCGAUGAAGUGACCUGGGAGGAGAUUCCUCAGAGCGGAGAGGUGCCAUCAGCCAGAGAGGGACACACACUGUGCGUCGUCAAAGGGAGGCUGUAUCUGUUCGGCGGCGCCUCCAGCCCUGACGCCUCUGAGUGUCUCCCGGGUGUCUACAGCUUUGACGUUGUGUCUCUGAGCUGGGAACGCCUCUCCGCCGGCGGCCCGGCUCCCACAGCUCUGCGACACAGCUCGGCUGCUGCUGGAGACAACAUCUACGUGUACGGAGGCGUGGUGAGGGGAGAUCCCACCGAGGACCUCCUGGUCUUCAACACAGUGUCUCUCACCUGGACACCGGUUAAAACCAGCGGAUCAUCUCCUCCUGCCCUGUGGGGUCAGAGCUUUGCUCAGGCUGGAGAUCAGCUCUUCAUGUUCGGAGGUUUUGGAGCAGGAGGGGAUUUCUCUAAGAACCUUUAUGUUCUGAACACAGAGAAGCUGCAGUGGCAGAGAUGGGAGGUGAAGGGAGAAACUCCUGCAGCUUGUAGCGGACAGACACUGACAGCACACCAUGAUAAGGAUAUUUAUCUGUUUGGAGGAAAACUCUCAAAUAAGGAUGCCACAAUGACAUCGUCCAAUGAAAUCCAUAAACUCAGUAUUGCAAAGAUGAAGUGGAAGGUUCCCCUGUAUGUAGGGAUACCUCCAGCCCGUCGACAUGGCCACGCUGCCUUCAUCCUCCACAGCCACCUGUAUGUGUUUGGAGGGAAGAACGAAGAGCAGGAUUUUAAUGACUUGAAGGUGAUGAAGCUCAUUAACCCCUCCGAGAGACAACCAGUGAUGAAGGAGAUUCUGUCAGAGAUGGGUCUUCAGGGUGUCAGCCACAGCUUCACUCCCACCAAGGUUCCCAACGUUCGCUACGAGCUGAGUGACUCGGCGCCGUCCGCCCAGCCCAGAGCAGCAGCAGCGUCUGUGCAGCAGGUGUGUGUCCACAGAGACUUCGGCGCAGUUCGAGAUCAGGCCAUGAAAAUGAUCCAGACGGCCUUCGCUCUGCUGGACCAGGAGUUCCAGAAACUGGAUCGGGAGAAGUCAGACGUUUCUAAAGCGGCUGCAGCUCUGCAACGAGACAGAGAAGCACACGAAGCUCACAGGCGACAGCAGCAGCAGGAGCUGAAGGAGAUGCUGGAGAGACAUCGCUCCCAGAACGAGGCCUGGCUCCGUGCGAGAGCUGAGGAAAACGACCGUGAGAGGAGGGAGCUCUGCAGACUACGAGAGGAGGUGCUGCAGGACCAGGAGAAGCUGAAGGAGGAGCAGAGCAGCGUCCAGAAACGCAGCGAACAUCUGUUGUCCAUCAUGCAGCAGUUCAAGGGAAUGUAGAAACGACUCAACGCCAAGUCUGAUCAAAAACUCAUCAAAAAGAGAAAUUAAAAGGAAAUUCUUUCUUUCUGGCAGGAAAAAUGUUUCUACAGUUUAUGUCAGUCUGUUGGAUUGAAUAUGAUUGUACUGGAAAAAGCCUAAAUUGAUGGAUACAUGAUAAACAUCCAGGGCUUUCUG